GAGACGUCCGCUGUGCAGAUCAGAAUACGUACAGCAUAUCGGCCGGGGUGACAAGGAUACAGCCUGGAACGUUUUAGAUCUCUGUAAAGAGCUCAACGAUUCCGGAUUACCCCCAUCUCUGGAAUUAUCCACGCAGGGGGGAUGACCGGCACGGAUCUGUCCUUUUUUCAGGUUGCUGCGUUAUGUCGGGCUGAUUUUUUUUCAUUUAACCCCUACAGUGCUGCUGCGGUGUCAAACAUGAUGUCACAGUGGUACCCGAUGAGAAAAGGACUCGAUAUGCCAGGCUUGAUGAGAACGACUCGAUGAAAUCCCGCAGAAUGUAAUCACCAGAGAUGUUUUACCCCCCAACUUCACAAACAUCUAACAACAACAAAAGCAUGAUCUUGAAAGCGAAUGAAUUUCAGUGUAAACUGCCUGCCGUGAAAAAGAAACACUCGGACGAUACGCUGCAACCAGUAAGAAUUCGGAAUAUCUGCCAACCCAAUGAUGAAGCGCAGAAGGGGAAAAGGGCAUCGUUACAGGGAGGUUAUUCCAGCAAAAGGUUGGAUACGGACGCUGUGGGUUCUGUUAACGGUUUGGGAGGGGAGUUCAAAAUCACGGAAUCCGUUUGUUCAAACAUGGAGCCAAAGUCAGCAUGGACCCCCCAACAUAAAAGGGCCACGGCAAGUAUCAGCAGCUCUCAAUCUAAACUCGAGCCGCCAGAGGACUUCUUCCUGGACUUGGAAUCAUUACGUUUCGUACGAGAAGACGAGGACAGCGCAAGCGACCUCUCAGACUCUGAACGGAUUCCCAUUCCAUCGUCUCCUUUGGCACCCCCAAAGCUCAACCUCAAGGCAGAGCAAAUUGCCCCAGGGUAUUUUGAUGACCACCUGGACUCUAAAGGGGCAGAUUAUAACUAUCCCGAUGUCCUGCCUCCUCCUUUUAGCUCUUGGAAUCUGCCCCAGCUGGCGGCUUUUGUUAACACAGAAGGGAAACAUACGAUGCCCCCUGCGGCGUCCGGCUUUCCAGGGAGAUACAUUGACCGCCUUCUCCAGUUAGAGUGGCUUCAGAUGCAAACGGUAGAGGCUGAAAAAAGUAAAGCCUGCAAAUCGAGGCCUCAGACUGCCCCCAGGAUGCCCCUUAAUGGAAAAACCCCGGGGCGAAUAAAACCAUGGAGCAACUCAUUGCCUAUAAAGCAAUCAUCUCACCCGGAUGAUUCUAAAAGUACUAAGGGUCCGGAGUACAACUGUCACAAAAAAUACCCCUGCCAUGAUGUCCCCACGCAGAGCGGCGCCCGUAGAUCCAGUACUAUGGUGGGAUUAUCUGCGGUCCAGAAACAGACCCAAGACGGCAGGUUCGUCACCAAGAAAAGACAGAGCGGAGGCUGCCAGCAGGCAAAAGACUUGGCGGCAGUGGGAAAUAAGCCUAAAAUCCAAAGUUUUGGUAAUAUUAGACCGGCGAAACUCACGUCUGCUGCAGAAAGCACCACAAAGCUUAUUAAAUCCACUAGUAAUGUCAGGACUAACGGAUCAGCCUCCGUAAAGCACGUUACCGCCAAACAGUCUGGGGGGGAACGCAAAUUAAAAUCCGGAACGGUCAAACCGACUUCUAAUAAAGAAAAAACAAGUCAGUGAGACGGGAUCCAUUAAAUACCAGAUACGUUCAUUUAUUUAUUUAAUAAUAAUUAGCACAAAA